AUGUAUUUACAGUAUAUUCGUCAUCUUCAUUUAAUAUUACCUUUUACUGAGAUUUUAUUAUCUAAUUUACCACAAUUUGAUCGAUUAAUUCAUCUUCAAGUUGGAUGUUUUCCAUUUAUUGAUGGAAAUAUGGCUGUUUAUCAAUUACAAAAACUGCUCGAUCAAUCACCUUAUUUGUAUUCAUUAGAGAUAUUAACUUGGUUUCCAUUAUGUGUUCAAGAAAUACCAUUGAAUCUUAUGAGUCAUUCAAUUCGAUCACUUAAAUUUGAAAAUACAUCUUGUUCAAUCGAUAAAACUGGAAUUUCUUUUUUCAAUGAUUACAAAUGUUUUGUUUUAAUUAAUUCACCAAUAGGUAUUCAAUGUGAAUUUCUUUCUUUAAUUGUCGAAAAACGAACAAAUAUUAUUGAUCUUGUCAAUGGAUUACCGAAUCUUCGUACAUUAAAAGUUCGUUCUAAAGAUGAUCAAUGGAAAAAUCAACCGAUCAAUGAUGAAUUAAUUCUAUGGUUACGAACUCGUUUAUCAUGUCUUAUCAAUAGAGAUACAAGAUUUACAAAAUUUAUUCGUCUUUGGAUUCGUUAA